AUGUCCGGACCCGGUGACUUCGAUUAUAUUAUGAGCACGGAUGUCACAAUGAACCAGGGGGAUGUAUACCAUGAUUUUGGCACCCCAUACGCCGGUAUCAAGUUCGCGUGCCAGAACGCCACCACGAACACUCGGGGGUUGAUGAGGAUGUACCGGCAGAUCCCUAUCAUGGGAACGGCCUUUCGCCCCGCAAGGGUCCGGGCUCUGCAGGCCCGCCCGCAGCGCACUCACGAGGAAUCCCUGGCCUUGAGGAGCUUUAAAGAGUAG